UUACCAAGGUCAUUUCCGCCCUUUUCCAUUUGGCGGGAGAGGGAGGACCUCGUGGUUCCGGUUUCUCUGAAUUUGGGCCACACCGCUUGUCGUCGCUUAUUUUUUGUUGGGGACCGGGUCUCGGCAAAUAACGCUAUUCCUGGAGGAGGAAUAUGGACGACGACUGGGAUGCACCCUCAUCAAAUGCGGGCGGCGGCGGCGGUGUGGGGGUGGCAGGCGGAGGAACCACGUUCGGACGUGGCCGCGGCUUCGGCGGCGGUAGUCUGACCAGCGGCAUGGCCGCUAUGUCGGUGGGAGGCGGUGGCGGCGGCGGAGACAGCUGGGGCAGCGGCGGCGGCGGCGGCGCCAAGACCGACAACGGCUGGGGCGGCGGCGGCGGCGGCGGCGCCAAGACCGACAACGGCUGGGGAGGUGGAGGCGGCGGCACUGACAGUGGCUGGGGCGGCGGCGGCGGAGGCGGAGGCGGAGGCGGAGGCGGAGGCGGAUGGGGCUCCUCCAAUGGGACGUCGUUCGGUGACGCCGGCGGCGGGGGGUUCGGAGGCGGAGGCGGGGGCCGCGGCGGACGCGGAGGUGGUCGCGGCGGCGGCGGCGGAGGAAGGGGUUGUUUUAAGGUUUGUGUUUCAUUUACGUGA